AGGGCGUCUGGUGUAGUUGGUUAUCACAUCCGCUUAGCAUGCGGGAGGUCCCCGGUUCGAUUCCGGUGUCGUCCAUAUUUUUUUGCAACUUCUUUUUAAUUUUUUUUGAUUCUCUAGACAUCAAUAUAAACGUCUGCUUUUUUUUAGUCUUCAGAGAUAGAGAUGAUUUGAAGAAUUGAAUAACUCAGGCACUUGGCGACGUUUAACCACGUUAACCCGGGGAGCUUUAGAUAGAGUUUUCGAUAAGCAGGGCACGCGCCGAGUGGGUGAUUUCCAGGAUUAAAAUCGUUUAUCGCGUUCUCUACACGAAUCAAUAGCUACUCGCGUCCUACAGCUCUUUUUACGGCCUCGAGAUUUGGAGAGUUAGUGGAGUGCUGUACGAUAUAGAUUGUGCUGUUGGACUGUGGGAAGGGGUCUGCGGUAAAACGAGAAACGGCAAUCGCUAGACAUAUGAUGUUGUUGAGCAGACGAGGUUACAGAUCUAUUCACAAUGGAAUCUCAACUCGGAGCGAGCACGGCAGUCAGUCAAGACUUGGGCCUGGAAAAUGAUAUGGGUGCGUUAAGCGUUGCGUCUUUGUUGACGACGACGAGCGGGGCGACGCGGCAGACGGAUAUCGUUCAAAAGUUCCCGCUUGAGAUUGCCGAGAAGAUAUUCGAAGGGUUCCCGCUUCAGACGUUGGUUCACCUUCGACUGGUCUGCCAGAGCUGGAAUAAGUUUAUCAUGACAACGCCGAGCUUGUGGAAGUACGUGAUGGUAGACAAGUCGAUCACCAAUCCUGAUUUCCUCCUUGAGAUUAAAAAGGGUAUCGAGUCAUCCAAUUCUCAGGCCUUUUGCGUUUUAAACCUCGAACCGGAACCUACUGCGUUGGCGUUCAAGUGGCCUACAGAUUUCUCACAGCUGGUGUAUGCCAGAAUCACGGUCGUGCAGUCAAUUGGUCUCGUGCCACUUCUUGCGCGAGGCCAUUUCCCGAAUCUAGAAAACCUCGAUUUUCAAGAGUUCAGCGCGCUUUACGUUUCGCACGAGAGCGACAGGCUGGUAUACGACAUUCCUGUUUUGAAGGAUUGCGUCGAGUCGCUGCCUCACAUCACCGAGCUCACGAUUUGCAAAUAUAAGGCGAGGAGCGUGGCGAUCAAUUCGGAGCUGUACAAUACUAUUUUCGGAGAUGGAACUGAAUUGUUUCAGUCACCCGUGAUCUGCGUGCGACGGCUGAACAGGCUGCUGCGAUUACUGCCGAAUCUGAGGAUGUUCAAGUUAGCGGGCUAUACGGUAACGGACCCGAUGGGCACGGGCGAUGAAUAUUGCGAGUGGGAGCCAUCCGACGCAGAUCCAUCGCCAACCCCUGAUUUCACAGCAAACACAAAGCUCGAGUCGGUGGAGAUGUACAAUUGCCGUAUGCGUAUCAUGCCAAUCAUUCCUGCUACGUGCACUCGAGUCGCGCUGGCGGAUACCGAGACAGUACCGCAGCAGAGGCGGAUCCGCAGAAGAACGGACGGCACGACCGAGGAGUUUUACUAUCCGCCGCUGCCGAAACACGACUGCGAGAGACGGAUGGCUGUGUUUGAGACCGAGUACAAGAACGUGGAGACGCUGGAGUUUUGUAAUAUAGAUUGGCUGACCUCGAAGCAUCUGGUGUCGAUACUCACUCGCACGGAUGGUAGCCGACUAAAUCGUCUACGGUUAUCAGCGUGCAGAAAUAUGACGCUGGGGAUAGACACUGUGAUUGAUCCGCCGGAGAUUGGAGCAUCUUCCGGCAGCAGUAUCUCACUCUCUGACGUGAACUGGAUCGUGAAGCUGUGCCCCAAUCUGCAGUACCUUGAUCUGGGCAACACCUACCUGGGCGGUGUCGCCACUGACCGCGCGCUGAUGGAUUUCUCGCAGCUGACGCAGCUGAGAGUUCUAUGGCUUACGCUGUCGAUGCAGAUUACGUGGUUUGGCAUCGCGGCGAUAGUCGGCGAGUGGUCGCGGUACCUUGCGCAGCCGGACGCGAGGAACCUGAGCGAGCUGCUGAAGGACGUCGACAGCCUGCCGAACUGCUCGCUGCAGGUGCUCGACGUGUCCGGCUGCCCGAGCAUCACGCUCGCGGACGUGCGCUGCCUGCGCCGCUGCGGGCUGACGGUCUACUACGAGAAGAGCCUGCCGGCUGCGUUCGUGCUGGCGUAGCUGCAGCUCGGUGCAGGGCUGAGCAGGGCCGGGCCGGGCGCUGGCUGUGGGAUGAUCUGCCAGGUGACGUCACAUGUUCCAAGGUGGCGUCGCGUGGCGCAUGACUCGUCGCACAGAAUAAAAAAAAAUAAAAAAAAGUGG